CAGGUUGUCAGGCCAUAAAGAAAUCGCAGGUGAUCCUGAUAACAGAACCAUGAAGUUAAAAAAUCAUAGAAUAUUUGUACCUUAUUUUGAAAUGGAAAUAUUCACACAUAGUAGGCUUUGCAAGUGAGACAUCCCUAGCUCUCAGCCCAAAAAUAAAAAACAUAUUUCGAAGUGAGUGUUAGCUGAUAAUCACAGUUCCUGCAAAAUAAAUUAGUCUUGUUAACUGAAAGCCUAAGGCAUGGCGUUUAAUAGCCCGCUUUUGGUGCCUGUCCUCAAGGCCGAUGAUGACGAAGAGGAGUUAGUUGAUCCGCAAGCAGCCCUUAGGGAGAAGUGCCAGGCCAAGGGUCACAUUGGGUCCCUGUACAACAAGUAUCAAGAGUGCAAUGAUCGCGUGAAUGGCAAGUCCAAAACCACUGAGACGUGCAUGGAGGAAUUGUUCGACUUCGUUGCUGAGUUGGAUCAUUGCGUUGCUCACAGCCUCUUCUCGAAACUCAAAUAGUUUCAAAUUCUAGCAAUGCUUAAAACUAAAAUUGGCAAUUAAAUAAAGGAAGCAUACUAAAAUAUAAA